CUGCAGCAUACUGCUUCUGUUUGGGUGCCUGGAGCUGUAUGGGGCUCUUAGCAUUGGCUAAGACACAUAAACUUACUCUCUUAUGUGGACAUAGAAAGUCUGGAUAUGGGGAACAUGCUAUUUCUGUGUUGCAAUCUCUGGUGUUAAGCUUUGCUGAAGCAGCUGGUAGACUGCAGUUGGAGGUUCCCUUCAUGCUUUCUCAAUCAUCUGUUUGCAGAAGCAGAACUGGUGGUCAGACUGUUUCAGCACUGUUCCUCUUUGCAUCAGAGCAGCAGCAUGGGACACCGAGUGAUGGCUGGCUGGUUGGGACAUACUGACCUCGUGUUCGAUUGCACCUGAGCAGUCAUGUACCCCAGAAGCAGCAUGCUAGGGGAUUGCUGCUCUUAUUAAAUAGGCUUUGACUUACAGAAGGAAGCACAGAAAGAGCACUAGUGGGGAACAGUGAAUGGCUGUUGCUGCAGUGCUGAGAAGUUCAGGCUUAUGGCUUAUGGCCCCAUCCUGAGCUAUGCUUUUGAGUGUCCAAACGCUGUGUCAUCCCAUUCAGUGCCACAUGGAGGAAUUCUGUUGGGAUUUCCCUUGCCUCCAUGGGUUUGGUUAUUCCCAACUGGCAGCUCUCAGAAUUACCAACCUCUCACAGGAGUUUCUGAACUGCCCAGGAAAACAAUGAUCAGAGCUGGGAGCUCUUUUCUUGUAGGGUCUUUUCCAUCAUAGAAAUGUGUUUGGAUGAGCACUGCUCACAUGAUGGUGACUUUGCUGCUCAGAUCUGUUCCUUGGGAUCUGGACAAGUAAAGAACCAAAUGUGGAACACAAAUGUGUCUGUGCAGCCAAGGCUUGCAGUGCACCAGUCUGCAGGAUAAACAGUUGGCUUCAGCCCAUGGAGAUCUGGCAGCACAAAGUUCAUGCUGAAAUGUAAAAAUAACUGAUGACAAGGGCAGGCUGCCACUUUUCUCUAUUCAUUUUAUCUCUUAAUGAGACUCACCCAGUCCCACUAUCGGGGACUGCCAACAGGGAGGCCCUUGCACAAAGCCUUCAAUUAUACUCCACCUGUGUGCCUCCAGCUGGCUCACAAGGUAAGCAGGAAGAGCGCUUCUCUACCACUGACAGUAUCCCUCUGCACCCCUGGCUGUCCUCCCACCUUCCUCCUCUCUCCUGGCUGCAGCUCUAAGGUUUCACCCUCCUUGCAGGUCUGAGCCGAGGAGCACCUGGCUGGGACUCCUUUGGCCACAAGGAACACGCAUUCACGUUUUGCAGGUGUGUGCUUAGGUUUCCUGAGCACGUUCAGAGCUCAAGAUCAUGCCCAGUCUGUGCAGCAGCAGGAGGCAGAGCUGCAGGAGCAACGUCCUUAUCUGAAGUGGAGGAUGGAGAGUGGGAACAGCCCCAGCGAUGCUGUCUCUGCAGGCAGGAGGCUCGCAGCACGAUUCACAAACCCUCCCAGGACAUUCUGGAUAAUCUUGGCCAUCGUGUUGCUUUUUGCAGCUGUUGGCAUCAGCAUUGGGGGGAUUCUCGGCUUCUCCCACAGCUCUGCCCAGGCAGGAGCACAGCUUGGCCGGAUCACACUGCACGGAGAGCAGGACACACCGAGGAACCAAACAGCCAUAGUUGAUGUGUCCAGGAGCACUGUCACCUACUACAUCACCUCACGGAGUAACCACAGUGCCGUUGUGCUGUACGACAGCCAGCAUGGCUAUGUGUGCUACAGACCUGCAGAGCAGCGUGCCUGCUACCUGCGCACAAUGGAUCAUGAGGACCGUGAAACCACACAGGUGAUGCUGAGUGCAACCGAACAGAGGGGUGACACAUUGCUACUCCAGAAUAACCAGACCAAGUACUACAGGGAGUUCCUGGGCAUUGUGGCAGGGGAACAAGUGGACCCCAAGGGCCUGGGUGAGGCCAUCCAAACCCUCUGUGAGCAGAUGUCCAUCUUCUGGGUUCGGAGAGCAGAUGGUCCAGGGAAGCAGCGGUUGAUCUACCUUUGCAUUGACAUAUGUUUUCCAAGCAAUAUUUGUGUGUCUAUCUGCUUCUAUUACCUUCCUGAGUAAGUCCCGCAGCCACAGAUGCCCUCUCACUGCUCUACAUACUUGAAUCGUAUUCCUGAAAAGCCUCUGAUUUCAGCAAGGAAGGUAACAUCUACAACACUGCCUAAAUGCUUCCUGCUGAUCUCAUGCUGCAGUUCAGGAGAAUUUAGGUAACAGAACUCUGCUCAGUGCUGUUGGUACAGACACUUUAUUUGCAGCCUCGCUCCAGGGCUGCAUCUUGUACGUAGGCAGUAGAUCUAGACAGAGGAACCACGCGGAGUAGCUCUUGUUUUGUGGCCUCAUGCCUUGUUUUGACACUGGGUUGUUGUACUUGCUGGGGGUGGUGGUUUUUUAAGAGAGCAGAUCUCC